UAUACAAAUAUAGACGCCAUUUUUAUUGGCACCUGGUACACAUGUUACACGAAGUUGGAUGGAUUGUGCUUCUUCAAACAGUUUAAAUCAUAAAAAGAGCGUCUAGAUGAUCAGCAUUCUUUCUGACUUCACAUUGCGAAGAUUUAAAUUGCAACAUACUGGUAUUAAGGUCAAUACUCUGAUCAAGAUGGCGGCAAACUUCAGCUCAGCAGAAAACAUCUGUGAAGGAGAGAACUGUCAAUCAAUCACAGAUGUGACGUACUACGUGAAGGAGAAAAAGAAGCUCUGCGAUGACUGCGCCUCCAAAGAGGAAUGCAUCGGAAAAGCUAGAAAGGGUAGGCACAAUCUUUAUUGUGAGAAGCAUGAUGGUGAAGAAAUCAAACUGUAUUGUAAAACCCAUAGUAUAGCAGUGUGUCAAUUAUGCGCAACGAUAGAUCACCGUGCCAUGUCUUGCGAACAACAGGAUAUAGAGGGCGCCAUUAUGGAUAGUAGAGCAAGACUAAACAUUCUAAAAGAAAAGGCAAAGGACAAAUUGGAGAUUUGUCGAGUUUAUGGAGAUCAGAUUCAUAAGUGUAGAAAAGACACCGACACCCAUCUACAGGCUUUGAAAGAUGAAGUUGAUUCGGUAAUCAAUAAGGCGAUCAAAACAGAAAAGGACAAAGAGAAGGAGGAUGCUGCAAAAAUCAACCAGGAGACUGAUGAGAAGAAUACCAAACUUCACGAGGAGAUUAAACAAAUCAAUGAAAAAAUUCGAAAAAACGACGAGGAGAGAGAAAAUCUACUUGAACUGAACCGUACAAAUGCAGAGAGAAGACGAGAACCAAUCGGCAACAAACAGCAUGUUCUGCAAACAGACAUUAAAAACAUCGCUGAAGAGAAAGAGAGAAAGAUUGGACAGUUAGAGAUAUCUUGGCAAGAUAAUACAAAAACCACAGAGACCACAAUACAGACACUUGAUACAAUACUGAAAGAUGAUUCAAAUGUCGUCAAAGACGGGCAACGUGUGAAGACAUCGGUGAGUGAUGAACUAAAGAAGCCACUGAAUGAGGGUGAAGUGAAACAAGUCACUGAUACCAUAUCGGGUGUGAGGUUUGUGAAGGGUGCUGGGAGAGAGAAGUAUGAUGGGAGGAUUGAUGGGUAUGAUGGGGAAUGGACGCUCAUUGAUACAAUCAAUGUCAGUGAUGAAAUCAAAUACCCGGCCAUUGCAGGAUGCAUAGAUGAAUGCGAUGUGAUCAUUACAGAUAAAGAUCUGAGUGGACAAGAUACAUACAUGUUCAAUAUGAACACUAAACACACUCAGAGAGUGAUAACCAAUGUUAUGUCAUGUGUUGUCUCUUGUGCAUUGCUGAAUGAUGACAAGGUUGUAUGCGGUAAAUACAGUCCUCAGACUGGUGGUAGUUAUACAGGGGACAGUUUGACUGGAUUCAUCAAUGUGUAUGACAGACAAUGGGACCACAUCAAUGACGUCACAAUACCAAUAAACACACCGCGUUAUUACACGCGGGUGGAUGUAGCUGUUGACCAGAUUGGGAUAAUCAUCGCUGCUGAGGAAGGUCAGUCCAAGAUAUACGUCAUCAACCCAGCUGAUGGUAAGAUCAUGCAUACCAUCACAUGUAAACAGGGUAUACUGAUACGUGGUGUACUAUCAUCAGGUCACAUCGUCGCUCAACCCUACCCACCAGAACACAGAGUGUUCAUCAUCGACAGAAAGGGUGCUCAAAGGGAAAUCACCCACAGUGGUCUCAUUCUGAAUACCUGCAUCGAUCCUAUAACAGACGACCUCUACGUCGUGACAUCAGAUGAUGAGUGCAAGACGUGUGUGAUUGAUCAGGUGAUGAGUGGAGGUGACAUGGAUAAGAGAAGAGUAGCAUCAUUCCCUCUAUCAAGUAGAUGUCAUCCACUACAGAACAGGCUGACUCACCUUGUAACAUCUCGCGUGGUGAUGACGUCAUCAGGGAAUAUGAUUGCUUGCGAUGUAGACAACAUUCUCGUAUUCAAAAAGUUAUUGAGCCUAUAGAGUACCGAAGCUGUGACAUCAUAACAAUCUAUUUUUAGAAUUUCUCAAUUUUUUUGUUCAUUUUCUAAUAGAGCAUCAACAAUAAUGUCCAAUUGUAAACAAAACACCAAUUGAAUAUGUUAAGUAUUGGC